CAUAAGAAACAUUUUGUAUUGGUUAUCACGACAACUUCAUACUCACUGUUGUAACAAUUAUGGACAUGGUAGGCUUUUGAAGCAGCAUGGAGUGCGGCAUGCACGGUGGAAGGGAGAACAACGAUAGUGAUCCCAGAGGGUGCAUACCUGCUUGGUCCAACAAUCUUCAGAGGGCCUUGCAAAGGCAUAAUGGUGAUGCAAGUGAAAGGGCAGCUACUAGCAUCCACCCAUCUCGAAGCUUACAAAGAAAAUUGGCUCGAUUUUCAGUACAUUAAUGGACUAGUUAUCUCGGGAGGUGGAAAAUUCGACGGACAAGGAGCUUCUGCAUGGCCUUAUAACCAAUGCAAAAAGAUACUCAAUUGCAAACCCCUACCGAAGGUAACCUUGGUGUUUAAUUUCGUCACGAACGCAACCAUCAGCAGCAUCAAUUUUAUCGACAGCAAGUUCUUCCACGUUCAUGUCUUUAAAUCAAGAAAUAUUACAUUUGAUUCCAUUAGGAUCAGUGCUCCUGGAGAUAGCCCCAACACUGAUGGCAUCCACAUCGCCGACUCGACCAAUAUCCAGGUUGCUAACUCGGUAAUCGGCACUGGAGAUGAUUGCAUCUCCAUCGGCUCGGGCUGCACCAAUUUGACCAUCUUUAAUGUGUUAUGCGGUCCUGGCCAUGGCAUCAGCGUCGGUAGUCUCGGCAAAAAUGCCGGUGAGAAAGAUGUCAUCGGGCUGAAAGUGAUGCAAUGCAAUCUUACCGGUACAACAAAUGGAUUGAGGAUCAAGACAUGGCAAUCUUCUCCAUCUAGUUUGAAG